AAAGGCUCCAGAUCACUCAUUUGCUUGCACAACAUCUCGUCACUGUCAUCAACCGAUGCACUCUCCAUAUAGAUACCAACAUUUCUUCGCCCAGCGCGGGCAAUCGCUAGAUGAAAGGUGGGUAUCGGUAUGAUAGAGCCCUUUGCAUGACGCCUUUUAGCCCAUCAACUUUCACCAGCCUACAGCAACACUCUAACAUCAACUUUUAUCUAUCCCUGUCAACCUCACUUCCUGUACGGCGUUGCGCCUUGCUCCGAUAUCUUUGCGUCAUUCCAGAUCGGAACUUGAACACAGCCGUUCUUAUCGAUCUUCUGGUUGGCAUUUUCCAGUGGCAUAGUCCAACCCCGAGGUGCUCAAUGAGAUUGCCCAGCCAUCAAUAGAGCCGAAACAGAUUCUCGGCGAAGAUCCCGUGGUAGAGCGAUGUGGCUGCAGUAACAUUCAUCAAGACCUAAGGCGCCUAGACACACUGGGAUCGCAAAGGGCCAUGGGUAUAUUCAGACGCCAUAGCGAGAAACCUGACAUUGAACAUGCAUCAUCAUCAUCUUCUACAGAGCACGCUAUUAUGCAAAUCGAACAGGAAGCGCCUCUGCUACAACUUCCGUCAGAGAUACUACACAUAAUAUGUUGUUGCCUGCCCUACCAAUCUUUAGUUUCCCUCAGCCGGACCUGUCAACAAUUACGUGCCGUUGCGCGUAAAGAUUCACUGUGGGAAACUCUUUUACGGCCCCAUAUUCCACCAAAGGACUUUCCACACGACCCAUACCCGUCACCGUCAUAUCGCGAACUCUUCAUCACUCAUCAUCCGUACUGGUUUGUGCCUCGAAACAAGUUAUGGAUAUCAGAUGAGCCCCACACUGGUAAAGUGAUGAUAGCGAGGUACGACCCCAGACGAGGGUGUAUCGAAGGGUAUCGCUUGUUAGCGGACAGGACACCGUCAGUGGGAAUGGUAUGGGCAUAUAAGCCAUCCGUGGUCAUUCAUAAUUUUAAGCCCAAGGUGCAUUUAUGGCUGGACGACCCCGUCAUCAAGAUCCCCCAUGAUGUGGCCCCGAUCAAUGCACGGCAAGGGUGGUUGAAGGCGGAGAUCAGAAUGACGGUCGGUCCGCAACGGCGACACACGUCGGCCUCUUUUUCUCUUUGCCGCAAUAUCCCAGAACGACUACAAGACAAAAGCAUGAUUCUCUGGCCACCUCGCACGAUUCCAAAUAUGCCCCGAGUACGCGCUGCCAGUGUUGACAAUUUCAAGGGCUCCGGGCACAAGCCCCAAACGUCUGAUGAGAUUUCGCAGACCACUUUCAGGUUGCGCCACUGGUCACAAUUCAGUAUUGGAAUGUCGCAAUAUGGAGUCAGGGUAGGAGAGCAAGUGAGUACAUGGACGACGUUGGAUCCCGCGCUGUAUACUCCCACGCCGGAGAAGCCAUACCAGGGUAUCUUUGUGGGCGAUUACGCUGGACAUGGCUGCGAAUUCCUGUUGGUCAUGCAGACCGAAAAGGCUCCCGACCCACCACAGCAAUCGCACACAUCUCUGAUUUCACAAACAACGCAACAAGACAGUGAAGAAGGCUCUAGCGACGAGGGUUGGGAGGAUCUAGGCCAAACCGAAGCCACAUCGAGCCGCAAUGAGUACAAAGACGACGGCAUCCAUCACGGUGCUAUUGAGGCAGUGAAGUUGACUGGUGAUCCGAAUAUACCUCGUGGUGAACAUACUUUCAUCGCUGAUGACAUCGGUCCAGCGGGACUGAUCAGAAUCGCUAACGAGCGGCCGUUCUCGGGGGCGAGGGUCGUGAGAAGUCGUGGGCAUGUCGCUGCGCGCGGAUUUGUAAACGAUGAAUUCAUCCCCUCGCAACUGAUCAUGAUCAAUUUCAACAGGCUGGCUCAAUAUUGGGAGCCAUUUGGCCACAUUUCGUUUUAUGAAAGGGUCGAUAUCGACCAACUGAUGGACGACACAUUUAGACCUAUUAGACAUGAUCAGACCGAAGAUACAGCGAUGGUCAACAAGAGCUAGUAUAGCUCACACGAUCCGCUGUAUGGGAGCUGAUCCGACCAUAAGACAAAGGGCCUCUAUUCACGAUGCAAAAAGAUUCAGUCAGGGUUUCGGAGUGACACAAAAACUGGAUAAUCCAAAGCCUUGUAGUAUUCCCUUUCGCUUAACUUCCUUGGUCAAAGAGGUAUCCAGAGGAGAG